AUGGAACCAUGGCCAAAGGCAACAUGGCAGAUCAGGCCAGAUGACACUAAACUUGUCCACCAUGCUGGUUGGGGUCGGAAGCGUGUGAAUUGGAAAAAAGGUGUGAUGGAUUAUACAAGCAAAUCUGGCCAGCGAAGACUCCAAACUUGCAGUUUAUGUAAGCUACAGGGCCAUAAUGCCAGGGCUUGCCCAUAUGCGAGAGUUUGCGCACGAUGUGGAAGUUUAGAUCAUGAUGCACUGGAAUGCCCUUUUUCUCAUCCACCUGCUGACAGGACCGCUAUUGAUAAACUUUGGGGUAGUGCGGCACUAUGUUACUUGUACCGCAGCAUGUCCAAGUCAUCUCUGGCCGCUUCUGCCAAGGCUAUUACCGGCUGUGUGAUUCUUCUUCAGCUCUGGGCCUGGGAGCGGAUUUUGACGGUUCAGCCCAAGAUACUGGGUGGGGAGCUCGAUCUAUCUCAUUGUCCAUUGGGUACGAGGUGGUCCCAGACCUUCCGCCUCAUGGCGAGAUUGCCCAGGUUGCUGAGUGGGUGUUGUCCAUCAAUGCAACGAAUGUUGUACGUCACGAGCGAUAGGCAUGUUGAGGUUAAUGACAUUUUGAGUCAAGAACUUGCACCUGUAGACCCGACCCAGCAGCAUCCACCACCCAGACCUCCGAGGCGUUCGCGCAGGUCUCAGCGUGGGCGUGGGGGGCAAGAGACAAUCACAUCCACUCAGCCACAUCAGUCCUCCCAGCAUCAGCAGUCUCAUAUUCCCUUCAUUGGCGGUUCAUCCCAUCAGUCUCCACAUCAGUCUCCACUCCAUUCUCGACAGCAUUCAUCCCAUCAGUCUCCACAUCAUUCUCCACAUUAUUCAUCCCAUCAGUCUCCACAUCAUUCUUCGCCGACCCAACAGGCGUUUUACCGUCCGAUUAUGUCUCCCCAGCACCAGCAGUCCCAUUUUGCCUUCACUCAAUUUUCCUCCCCUCAGGCUUCUCAGCGUCAGUUUGGAGAUUCUUUUAUUGACUUUUCUGGGUUUCAGCAGAGUUCGCUAGAUGCCCAGUCGAUACAUUACACGAGUAACUUUCUUUCGAGUAUGUUUGAGGGUGUUGCGGGUCAGCAUCAGGCUGAUGACCCAGCUGGAGGUGAGCGUGAGAGUCAGGGUGAAGAUGAGGCUGAGGAUGAGGCUGAGGAUGCAGACCAGGAUGAUCAGUUUGAGGGUCAGGGUUAUCAGCGCCAUGAGGAGCAGGGAUCGAGUCAGACUCUAGGGACUCCACCGUUGGCUGUGAGUAAAGGCCAGAGAGUGAUGAAGGAGCCCGAUAGAUUGACUUAUAGCCUUUUUCGGGCUAAAAAGCCCAAGAAGAAGUAG